GUUUCGAUAUCCACGCGUCCAGCAUACACCAUGCAUGCAAUUGGCUAUCCUUGGCAAAAUGCUAGUACUGCUCUCCAUUCUCUCUGACCAUCAUGUCUAGGGGAAAAGCUUGGCAGGAUUAAGAUGGAGCUCUUCAAAAACAUAGUCCCCAAGACGGCUGAAAACUUCCGUCAAUUCUGCACAGGCGAGUCGAAGAACAACCAAGGUCGCCCGCAGGGCUACAAAGGUUGCAAGUUCCAUCGUGUGAUCAAAGACUUCAUGCUCCAAGGCGGCGACUUCAUCAACGGCGACGGCACCGGCUCCCGCUGCAUCUACGGCUCCGACAAGUUCGCCGACGAGAACUUUGACCUCAAGCACGACCGGCCGGGCCUGCUCUCAAUGGCCAACAGCGGGCCUAACACCAACGGCUGCCAAUUCUUCAUCACCUGCGCCGCGACCCCGCACCUCAACGGCAAACACGUCGUCUUCGGCAAGGUCAUCGACGGCAUGGACGUUGUGCGCAAGAUUGAGAACACCCGCACCAAUGUCAACGACCGCCCCAUUCAGGACGUCGUCAUUGCCCAGUGUGGCGAGAUGUGAUUGGAUUCAAUGAGCUGGAAUGCAGCGAGAAGAAAAAGUAUGGGGCAUCGAAGUACGGUAUGACUAUGUUUGCCAUCGUGUAAUUCGGUGUGAGGAAGCGAAGAGAUCGAUACUGCUUAGAGUAUCCAUUCUCAUAAAAGAUCGAUUCGGGAACUCUAAUGCAGAGACACCAGAUCUACACCUAUGUACUUUGCGCCGGCGUACCCGAAAGGGGUACACGCUGAAGAAGAAGAGAGUCGGAUCACGUGGAUCACCUUCUCUCCAUUGAUCAAGCAUCUUCCAGAUAUACAUUUCAUGUAUUAUAUAUUCUGAUCCUUCUCGGCAUCGACUCG